AUGGCCUCGGAUCCGGGCAUUCCCGUCACCCAGCACCUCUCCGUCUCGGAGGUAGAGGAUUUGUACAACGCUGCUCUGGCCGACGUCCAGGAGGCAGUGACCGCUGAGCAGCGAAAGGAAAGAGGACAGCGACUGGCCGCCCUCUCCAAGGCAUUGCGAGCUGCCAAGCGGAAGCCGGCUGAAAAAACCAA